AUGAAGAGUUACACACCGAGCCCCGAGGUUCUGUCCACGUUCAAGGAAUCUACCGGACGUGAGGCUGUGAAGGUGACACUGAGCAGGAGGAGACGCCAACACACGUCAGAGUCAUCACAGAGUCAUCACAGAGUCAUCACAGAGUCAUUACAGAGUCGUCACAGCAGAGUCGUCACAGCAGAGUCAUCACAGAGUCAUCACAGAGUCGUCACAGCAGAGUCGUCACAGAGUCAUCACAAAGUCAUCACAGAGUCAUCACAGAGUCGUCACAGCAGAGUCGUCACAGAGUCAUCACAGAGUCAUCACAGAGUCAUCACAAAGUCAUCACAGAGUCAUCACAGAGUCGUCACAGCAGAGUCGUCACAGAGUCAUCACAGAGUCAUCACAGAGUCAUCACAGAGUCAUCACAGAGUCGUCACAGAGUCGUCACAGCAGAGUCGUCACAGCAGAGUCAUCACAGAGUCAUCACAGCAGAGUCGUCACAGAUUCAUCACAGAGUCGUCACAGCAGAGUCGUCACAGAGUCAUCACAGAGUCAUCACAGAGUCAUCACAGAGUCAUCACAGAGUCGUCACAGCAGAGUAAUCACAGAGUCAUCACAGAGUCAUCACAGCAGAGUCGUCACAGAGUCAUCACAGAGUCGUCACAGCAGAGUCAUCACAGAGUCAUCACAGCAGAGUCGUCACAGAUUCAUCACAGAGUCGUCACAGCAGAGUCAUUCAUCACAGAGUCGUCACAGAGUCGUCACAGAGUCAUCACAGAGUCAUCACAGAGUCGUCACAGCAGAGUCAUCACAGAGUCGUCACAGAGUCGUCACAGCAGAGUCGUCACAGCAGAGUCGUCACAGAGUCAUCACAGAGUCAUCACAGAGUCGUCACAGAGUCGUCACAGCAGAGUCGUCACAGAGUCGUCACAGCAGAGUCAGAGUCGUCACAGCAGAGUCAGAGUCGUCACAGCAGAGUCGUCACAGAGUCGUCACAGAGUCAUCACAGAGUCAUCACAGAGUCGUCACAGCAGAGUCAGAGUCGUCACAGCAGAGUCGUCACAGAGUCGUCACAGAGUCGUCACAGAGUCGUCACAGCAGAGUCAGAGUCGUCACAGCAGAGUCAGAGUCAUCACAGCAGAGUCAGAGUCGUCACAGCAGAGUCGUCACAGCAGAGUCGUCACAGCAGAGUCGUCACAGCAGAGUAGUCACAGAGUCGUCACAGCAGAGUUGUCACAGAGUCGUCACAGAGUCGUCACAGCAGAGUCGUCACAGAGUCGUCACAGCAGAGUCAGAGUCAUUACAGCAGAGUCGUCACAGCAGAGUCAUCACAGAGUCAUCACAGAGUCAUUACAGAGUCGUCACAGCAGAGUCAUCACAGAGUCGUCACAGAGUCGUCACAGCAGAGUCAGAGUUGUCACAGCAGAGUCGUCACAGCAGAGUCGUCACAGCAGAGUUAUAAAUCACUGCUAA